AUGCAGCUGCGAUUUCUGUUCGGCCUGUUACUUCUUCUUCCGCAAUGCUCAUCGCAAACAUGUAAUUAUGUUGGAUUGGUGAAAUGUUUCAUUAAAAUAUUGGAUGAUUGGGCAUGGACACUGUACGAAUUGAAAGAUAAUGUUGUUACUAUAACACAAGAGCAAUGUCAGCAUUUGCAUCAAUUGGAUAGAUGUAUUAAGGAUGAUAUACCAGAACCACAUCAAUGUUCUCAUAGUGAAAUCGUUGAAACUUCUAAUACCGUCUCUGACCUUCUGACUCAUCGCAAAGGUUCCGGAACAUUCUUGAGAAGUUACUAUCUUCUAACAUAUGCUUGUUCUCCUGAAGGUCAAGACAUUCUCAGCAAUCAUCGUACUUGUCUGAAAUCCGAAAAGAUUGGUGAAAUGACCAUUUCGGCUGGCACCUAUUUGAGUGAAAACAUAGUUGACAAAGAAACGGAUGAAGAUAUCUGUGAGAAGAUUAACGAAAAGUUGCAAGCUUAUAUAGGAGCCAUGACAGGAAUUUGCGAUAAAACAGAAGCUGCUCAACUGAUGUGCAACUCCUUGACAACUAUGAUUCAAGGACUACAUGCAGAUAAAUUGGGGGAAAAUUGUAAACUCGAUUGCAAUAUUGUAGUUGAACCUGAAGAGAAGGAUGACGAAAUGGAACCUAAUGUAGCUGCUGAACAUAAUGCUCUUGGUGCUAUAACAGAUGCUAAUAAUAUUGGAAAUGUUGUGACAAUUCUAUGCACAAUCCUAGCCUAUAUUGCUAUUCAAUUCUAG